AUUAUCCAUCCAUUCUGGGAGACCCUACCCUAUGCCAACAUCUUCCAAGCUGUUAUGCUGGAUGCACUCCACCAAUUAUAUCAGGGUCUUGUUAAACAUCUCCUUGGUUGGCUGUCUGAGGCAUUUGGAGCAGCUGAGAUUGAUGCAAGAUGUUGA